GCGACCCCAUUGGAAACAGGGCCGUAUAGAAAGUAGUGUUAACGAUUUAAUAGCGGCUGGUCACACAGUCUGAUAAAUAAAGAAACGUGCUGAUAUUUUAAAGAUUCCUAAUUUUGAAAGAAAAUCAUUUACUGGACUCAAAAAUGGAGAUGAUGCAAGGAGCAUCGCUGCUCUCGCGCCCAGCCGAUGAGUUUGGUAAUGAUUCUCUGGUGGAGGAAAUGUGGGCCGCGAAAGCUCUGGAGCAUGCAGAGGUCCACUUCAAUCUGCUGACCAGCAUCCACCCAUCUCAACUGAGACUCACGCCCUACGACGACCAGAUAUAUGCCACCUUCAGACAGGAUUUUCCGGACCUUAAGGUGGGCCAGCUGACCGACGAAAGCCUGAAGUCCGCCGCGGAGAAGCUCAAGUGGCGGCAGUUUGCCGAGAAGUUUAACAAGAUGGACGACUACUCGUAUGGCACUCUGAUGCGUGCGGAUGCCACUAAGGAGUUCUCCCCGGAUAACUCUAUUUUCGUGUUCCGCGUUCAGUUUCUAGCAAUUGAGAUUGCCAGAAAUCGCGAGGGUCUCAACGAUGCGGUUUACAAGCAGCACAAGCCCCCCAGAAAGAUACCGGAUGAGGCAGGAGCUCAAUAACGUCUAUUUAGGUUCGGUUUAAGUUGUAAAGAUUAAAUGCCUCUUUAGAUGGCACUCAUCUCUAAGCUAACAUAUUGUUGUAAAUGAACGUGUAUUUUUCUAAAAACUAUCGAAAUAAAGAAAAACAUAUUUUUUUA